UCGGAUCACGUCCUCGUCUUGUCACCCAGCGGCAGUCUCACAGGACGUCAUAACACGAGCAUCACUAAGCCUAACCCCAAGAUACACGUGCGUGCGGCUGAUAUGGAUGAAACCACGUGUGAAUCUCCAAGAAAGAGGACGGAACUAUCGAGCUUUCGGCGAAAGAAGACAUGGCAAUGACUAUGUAACUUCAACUGUGAGUCCUGCAGACCCGGCGAUCCAUGAACUGCCACAGAAAACGAGUGAGUGGACAGGGGUACAUUUAUUGCAGAUUCACGUGACUGCUGUUGAUGGCUCUGUGACGUCACCUCUAUGUGUAUACUUGUGGAUACAUGGAUUUUUUGAGAAAUAAUGACACCCACACUCUACCUGAAGUUAUUGCAGAUAUUUACGGAUCUCGGGACCCUGAAAUAGAAGCGAAGUACCACUACUGUAUGAAAGCAUGUACGGAUGCUGUAUGAAAGCAUGUACGGAUGUGUUUACAAUUGAUGCUGAUUCCAUAUUUAAUGUACCUAAACAACAGCUUCAGGAAUUGAUUGUUGAACUUAGAAAACCAUUCCGAGAAACAGCUUUCGGAAAGUGGAUGAAAAAAUGGAAAAAGUCGUAUAUAAAGUUGGAAAGAAUGAAACAAUUAAAGAUUUUAUUGCAGAUGUUUGUGGAAGUAUCCAUGGCCGAUUACAAGAUUUUUGUGAGCAGUUAUUGUACAUGGUUAGAAGUGACAACACAGACGUGACAGAAGGAAUGUAACAAAAACUCUUCAUGUUGUUUAUCAGGAUCUUUGAUUUAAAAAUAAGGGGACAUGAACACUUUUGGAGCUCAGAUCCAGUGAUAACUAUUGGAAACAAGAAUAUCAUUCCUGUCCCUGAUGCGCUUAUCUACCAACCCGCAAAAGAAAUUGUCAUCAAAAGAGAAAGUACUAGCAGUAGUGAAGGUGAGAAAGAAAUACAGAGAAGCAGAAGAGAGCGUAUCUGAAGGAACAGCGAGAAACACUGAGAAGAUAACUUCUGAUCUAAAUCAUCUCCAUUCGAGCGUGACAGGACAACAUGUUGGUGAGAUGUUAUCGAUACUUCCCAGAUCUGUUUUUGGUAUCAAUGGGAUCUAUGGAAUCAUUGUCCAGGGAACAGAGGUGACGAUUUCUUGCCUGAGUGUUGGAGAAGAGUAUUAUAGAAAUCUGAAGGAAGGAUCCCUACAAAAGCUGUCAUCUGUAGUAAAGUACAGCAGGCCUUAUUACUACCUACACAAAUGUGAAAGAGAAAAUCUUAUCAAGACAUUCGUGGACAUGGGUGCACUGUCAGAUAAUUUACAUUGAUUCAUGUUUUGGUUUUUUAAAUAAAAUAUUGGGACUAUAA